GUCGGGAUGCGGUGAAGCAGACAGUGACCAGAGAGCCCCAAUGCUGCAGGGCUAUAUACAUAAGAACAUAUUAAUGGUUUGCCCUUUUAAAAAGGAAAGAGACUCAUACAUAGUAUGUUAUGUCACAUUAGUUUUACUAUCUUAUCUUAUCUUAUCUUUGGAUAGGUACUUUAGAAUUUCAACAUAUUUUUUACAUUCAUUUUUUUCUAUUAUGGAGGGUUUGCUGUUAUUUCACCUACUUUUAUGUAUGUGGUAUUGUAAUUUUUUUUAUUUUUUUUUACGAACAAUGCAAACUCCAAAACAGAAGGUGGCGAUAAUGCGAUACUGAAAAAUCCAACCGCCAUUAAACACAAAGAAGAAGAAGAUCACUUCCGGGUCUAGGUAAAGGUAGUGCACGCGCUGGAUUACAUUUAGCUGCUCUGAUUUUGGUUUGUCUUUGUAAAUUUCUUCGGUUCAGUCUGUGGCUGUCAUGGUGAGCCAAUCUUCUUCUCCUAUUACUUCUGUUUCACAAGUAUGGGGUGAACAUACAAAUUAUUAGCACCCGAGCGUCAAGCCAGACCAGGUCUGUGUUACAAUCAGGUCGGUGCUGAUGCACAGGUUAACCUGUGCCUCCCAUGCUGUUUCUUGCACCAGAAGAGCGCAUCUGCAGCUGUAUGCGAUAUCUCACGAUGUGCAGCUUCGUAGACAAGAUCCAACACCCAUUCAGUGGAGACUCCGUGGACUGGUUAUACCUAAAGUAACAGGCCUAGCAAGAUACUCUGAUUUAUCUACAGCCAAGUACACUCUGAUUUACACCCUCCCACAUAUAAAGCUCCUUCGAGCUGUGUCCAGGCUCAAACUUCUCCAAACUAGCUUUACUGUGAUUAUCUUGCCUCCUGUGUAUUUUCUUUACCACCAGGGAGAUGUCCCAUUUUAUCUUGUCAGUUACACAACAGGGAUAGCUCUGUUUGCUGGUGGCAUGCUUUGUAUUGCUAGUCACUUCUUCAGGAGAGUUGUGGGCAUGAUGUACCUGGACCCAUCACUGAAAACACUCAAAGUGUCUCACCUUACCUUUUGGGGCAGGCGCCAUGAUAUCUACCUGCCUGUGACAGAUGUGAUGACCAUCGGAGAUACAGGAGACUCACCAAAUGAAACAAUAUUAAAACUGAAGAGAUACAGCUCUCCAGAGACAUUGUAUUUCUCUACUUAUUUUGGACGUGUAAUAGACAUUCAGGGCUUUGAGAAGGUGUUUGGAAGUUUAAAAUGAAAGGUUAAAGACAAUAGAUUUAACUGUGAUAAUCAAAAGUAAAUUAUAUAUAUAUAUAUAAUUUUGCCUUUAUGAGAAUUAAAUUGAAAACUUAGAGCAUGUUGCAGGUCAUUUGCAUAUUUUAAGUGACAUGUUUAACCAUUACUUCACAUAACAUUUGUAUUAGUUACUUGUCCAUGAAGUUAAAACUGAAUUUUUUUUUCAUUGUUAAGUCAGGUUAAAAUUAGAUCCUGGAUUCACCGAUCCAGUAUCUUUUUCACACACACACACAGACACACACGUGUCACAUAACAUGAUAGAUCAUUCCAGCAUUUUUACAUGUUGCAAUUACUUAUUCAUGUACAGUCUUCAGUCCCAUGUGUGUUAUUUGGCUCAUAUUCUGCCCAGUACCUACAAGCUAAAAGAAGUUAAAACCCUGGAUAAAGUUCUGUGUUUUACUGUACAAGUACUGUAUUUCAAACCUACUGGAGGUGUGGACCACAGAAGUUACAUUUGAUAUUUGGGGACAUUUUUUAUUAAACUGUCUUGGCAAGUAAAUCUAAUAAAACCGCACUGCACCAAA